AUGCGUAUUAUGGGUUAUCGUCCUGAGGAUGUACGUGAAGCUUUAGUAAAACAAAGUUUCAAUAAUGUUACAGCAAUCUAUUUACUAUUAGCUGAUCCUAAGACAAGAUUAACCUUACCAGCAAGCAGUUUCAUUUCAUCGUCACCUUCACAAGCAAUACAAGGCAAUACUCUAUUGAACAAUAAUAAUAAUAAUAACCUUCAUCAUCAUCAGUCAUCAGAGAUUGUUGAAGAUAAGACUACCUCAUCAAGUGCUGUUAAGUCGUCUACAGAUAAAACUAAUGGUGUUGAAAAUAGUAGUAAUAAUAGUAAUAAUAACAAUUCCAAAUCCAAUCAAAAUGGAUCAUUACAUCAAAGUAAAAAAGAAUCCGGUCAAGACAAUACAUCUCAGUACAAUGGAGUUAGGCGUACAAGUGGAAUCUCUUGGCUGAAGCAAAGCGCUAGCGCCGGUCCUGCAUCAAAUAGACAAGAAAAAUCAAGUGUUGAUGAAAAAUCUCGUCUCCUUCCACGUAUACGCGUAUCAGAUUUACGUGAUCGUGGCAAUGAUAUCAAUGUAGAUAAUCGUGGUCAAGAGAAAAUAGAUGAAAAUUCCGAAAUUACUGAAUCACCUGGUGAUCAGUUAAGCGUUCGUCGAAUGAAUACCUUUACAAUGUCGGAUAAAUUUCGGCCAACUGGUUCAGAUUCUCAAUCCCCCAGCCUACAGGGUCCGUUAUCUAGAGCACCACCAAUGUCGAAUAUACCCAACUCCAUCACUGCUAAUCCAUCUACAACUAGUAGUGAGAAUUCACCAAUCAAAUCUACUGACAAAGCAUCUGCUCCGUUUAACACUGAUAAUACAACCAAUUUUGAACAACCGAUCAAAUUGAAUCAUGCUGUACCAUACACUGAAGAAAAUCCUUCACUGAAUUCUAGCAACUUCAUUGGAUGGUUACGAAGAACACUUCCUCAUCGAAAACGUCCUAAAGAUAAUAUUUCAUCGUGUAAUAAUAAUUCAAAGCCUAUUUCAACGAAUUAUAAUAACAACGGUCCUGUAAUUAGGACUGACAAUAAUAAUAAUAGUAAUAAUAACAGUGCUAAUAGUCAUGAUAUUAUUGAUGUCUUGUAUCCUAAUGAUCAACAGAGAUUUCAUCGUAAUGAUCCUAAUCGUUCUACGGAUAAUUGGAGUAAAAAUAAAUCGAAAAAUAUCUCAGAUCAGUCUACGUCGUCUACAUUCAGUGAUAGUCCUUCUUCAACACUCGGUGCCUCAUCAUCUGGUACUAUGGAUUCAUCUAAAGUUAUGCAGCAGCAGCAGCAACAGAACAUAAAUAAAUCAACUAAACAUCAUCAGAUUGGAAUACCUGAUUCAAUCUGCAAGGCACUUGAUACACCAACAACAACUAAUGAUGAUAAUAAUGAUAAGUCGUGUCCAAAAUCUCCAGUCUUCAAAUUACCAACAAAUACAGCAGCAACAACUACAAGAGAUUCGCUUAUUAAAUGGUCAGUACGUCAUCGACCGAACAAUACCACUUCUACCGGCACCAAUGCUACUAAUAGUAGUAGUAAUAACACGACUAGUAGUUUAACGUCUAGAGAAUGUAGACAGUCAUCACCAAAGAGUACAGGAACGAGUAACUUGAAUACAAAUCAAGGCGUAAGUCUUCCUUCUGAAGUGAAAAAUUCUUCUGACUCUUCGUCAGUAACAUUAGAGACGACAACGACUGCAGUAAGGGCUCAGAAGAGUGCUUCUAUGAAAGCUCGAUCUGGACGAUUUUUCCGUAGUUUAACGACUAGAAUCGCUCGAAGUUUUCGAUGCGGUCGUUUUAAGUCGGGUCAUGCAAGUCAUAAUCGAAAUAUGUCUAGUUUACGAAAAUUCAAUAAUAACAACAAUAACAAUACUAAUACUAAUAAUAAUGAUAAUAAUAAUACUAAUAAUAAUAAUAAUAAUACGCAUAGCAAUAAGAAGCAUCACUGUCAAUCCGAUAAGACCAGUUUAUUGAAGAACAAUGGAAAAGAAGAAAUUACCGAGGAAUCUGACUCAUCGGACAGACAACAUUCACUAUUAUUAUUCUUAUCAUCAUCCGGGUCAUCACACGGUCAUCGUCAUCGCCAGCAUCAGGAUCAUCACUCGACUGACAAUGAUGACAGUAAUACUGAUGACGACAAUGAUGAUGAUGAUGAUACAAUGAAGGGUACUAUUUCACCUAAUCGUGAUCCAUGGAUAACUAUGGAACCGGAAAAACAACGUAAAAUCUCUUCGACCAUGGGUGGUAAUACAACAUCAAAGUCAAAAAAAUCAUCAUCAAAUGAAGUUGAUACUACUACUACCACUAGUGGUGGGGGUGGUGGUGAUAAGGUUAGAUCAAAAUUCUAUGGCUUUGAUUCGCCUACGAGUUUACCAAUGAAUGAUUCACCUGGAAUUAUUAUUAGUGGGGGUGGUAGUAGUCAAAAAAAGACAGGAAUGGAACUACCUUCAGUCGACCGGACAAAUACUCGAACAGUAAUCAUGACUUCCGAUGUACAUAGGCAUAAAGCAUCAACUAUUACAACGGUUGUGCCCACACCACAAUCACCAUCGCCAAUACCGCCAAUACCACAGUCAUUAACAAUGUCAACAUCUGUUAAAAGCAGUAAUAAUAAUGAUAAUAAUAAUAAAACUCUCUCCUCAUCUGUAUUUGAAUCAGAUUAUAAUAAUUAUUAUUAUGGACAGAAUAAAGGCGGAAAAUUAUGGAAACCACGUCGCUUACACUUUGUUCUACGUCUUCCUAUAAUUGGUUCUGAUCCUCAUAUUUUAUUAAUACAAAUGAUAGAAUUAUUUAAACGUUAUCAAUGCGCUUAUACUUUUCUCAGUUCAUAUCGUUUACGUUGUACAAAAUUAAUAAAUUCACAUAAUAAUCCUAAUGAUAAUUGUAAUACUACUACUACUAGUACUAAUGAUAAUAAUAAUAAUGAAAGUAUUGAUGAACAGGGCAUACAACAACAACAACAGCAACAGCAACAACAGUUUCAAUGCAGUAAAUCAUCACAGUCAUCGUCAUCAUCAUCCAGUGUACUUAACUGGGAUUUAGAGAUAUUUCAAUUAGCCAAGCCAAUUGUUUAUGGUGUACGCUUUAAACGCAUUUCAGGCAAUCGUAAUGCAUUCAAAUCAAUGGUAAAAUAUUUUGUUCAUCAAACUGAAAAUAUAACUUGA